UCCAGCGGUGGUCCCUCCUAUCGCAGCUACACGUAGGGGACGCUCAAUGAAAUUGAAAUUAUUAUAUACACUAAGUACUCAGAGGUAUGUCUUGGGUAUCAGCACAGAAAAAAAAAUAAGCUUUUAUCUCACCUGCAGCUCCUCCAAUUGGGGAAGACCGAGGGGCAGAACAGUCUGGCCCCAGCCGCUCUGACCUGGAGGAGCAACUCCGGGUGGUCACGGGCCUCCUCCAGGAACAGAUGCGAAAAAGUACGGAGCUGGAGGCCAGACUGAAUUCUGUUUUGCCCCAAGAGAGGACACAAAAGUUCGAGAAAAGGAGGCCCCGGUCGCCCUCCCAGAUCCCUGCCUAUGAAAAAACCAUCGAAGAUUAUAGGAGGCAUGUCGAGGGGGCUUCCGCAACCCGGAAAGACAGGGAAAAUGCGCGGCAGCGGGCCUCCCACAUAAAGGUGUUCACAGAGUUCAUGUCUGCCCCGCAGUCCCCAGGGGUAGACAUGAAAUACUUGAGGAACAUCAAAAAAGUUUCGGAGUGAGUUUACAUGCUACACAAUUUGGGAUAGUUUGACAGACAAUCAGUCACACACAGUCACAUGCAGCCUAACAAAAAAACAUACAACCCCACUCAAUCACACACUGUCAUGCACACACGAUCACACACAGUCACACGCAAUCACAUGCAAUCAAACAGUCACAGACAAUCACAUACAAUUACACAAUCACACAAAAUUACAAACAGUCAUAUACAAUCACACCCAGUCACACACGAUCACAAACAACCAGUAUCAAUCACACAAUUUCAAACACACUCACACACACAUGAUCACAGACAAUUAUUCACACACAGUCAAACGCAGCCUAACACAAUCACAUACAACCCCACUCAAUCACAGACUGUCACACAGACAAUCACACCAAUCACACAGUCAAACGCAGUCACACACAAUCAAACAGUCACAAACAAUCUAACACAGAAAAAGACAAUCAAACAAAAUCACACACAGUCAAACACAGUCACACACAGUCAUAAACACUCAUUUAAAAUCACACCCAGUCUCACACAAUCACAAAAAAACAGAAUCAAUCACACAAUUUCACAGAAACACACACAUGAUCACAGACAAUCAGUCACACACAUUCACACGCAGCCUAACACAAUCACAUACAACCCCACUCAAUCACACACUGUCACGCACACACGAUCACACACUGUCACACGCAGUCACACGCAAUCAUACACAGUCAAAUACAUUAAAACAGUCACAGACAAUCACACACAAUUACACAAUCACACAAAAUUACACUCAGUCUCACACAAUCACAAACAACCAGAAUCAAUCACACAAUUUCACAGAAACACACACAUGAUCACAGACAAUCAGUCGCACACAGUCAAACGCAGCCUAACACAAUCACAUACAACGCCACUCAAUCACAGACUGUCACACAGACAAUCACACCAAUCACACAGUCAAACGCAGUCACACACAAUCAAACAGUCACAAACAAUCUAACACAGAAAAAGACAAUCAAACAAAAUCACACACAGUCAAACACAGUCACACACAGUCAUAAACACUCAUUUAAAAUCACACCCAGUCUCACACAAUCACAAAAAACCAGAAUCAAUCACACAAUUUCACAGACACACACACAUGAUCAGACAAUCAGUCCCACACAUUCACGCGCAGCCUAACGCAAUCUCAUACAACCCCACUCAAUCACACACUGUCACUCACACACUAUCACACAGUCACACGCAAUCAUACACAGUCACAUACAAUCACACACAAUUACACAAUCACACAAAAUUACACAUAG